AUGGGUUCUUUUAUUGCCAAGAUGCUGCUCCCGACGGUCAGCAGCCUGGUGUUUCUGCCGACGGCCAGCGUGGCCGCCAAGAGGGGCUUCCACAUGGAGGCCAUGGUCUACUUCUUCACCAUGUUCUUCACCGCGAUCUACCACGCCUGUGACGGACCAGGACUCUCCAUCCUGUGUUUCAUGAGGUACGACGUCCUGGAGUACUUCAGCGUCUACGGCACGGCUCUCUCCAUGUGGGUCACACUGAUAGCUCUGGGCGACUUUGACGAACCCCAGCGCUCCAGUAUAACCAUGUUUGGAGUGCUGACCAUCGCGGUGAGGAUCUUCCAGGACCGCUGGGGCUAUGGGAUCUACUCUGGACCAAUUGGAUCGGCUGUCUUCAUCAUCACUGUCAGAUGGCUGCAGAAGAUGAAGCAGCUGAGGGCGGUGUAUCCGGAGAAGAAGGUGUACACGCAGCAGGUCGGUCCAGGCUGCUGCUUCGGCGCUCUCGCUCUGAUGCUGCGUUUCUACUUUGAGGAGUGGGACUACGCCUACGUCCACAGCUUCUACCAUCUGUCUCUGGCCGUGUCCUUCAUCCUGCUGCUGCCCAAGAAGAACCGCUACGCCGGGACGGGACGGAACGCCGCGAAACUCAGCUUCUGCGCUCUCCUCUGCUGCUCCAUGUCCCCCGGUACUUCCAAAGAGAAGACGGACAAGUCGGCGCAGAAGAAGAAGAAGUCGUCUCGGACCGUGUGGUCGAUCCCCACUGAGAAGCUGUGGUCACAACGCUGCAGCACCCCGAUCCUUCCCGUUUACACCCCCCCACCCUCCACACCUGUCAAAGGGACGAGCAUCAGCCGGCUCAAAGAGAUGAACGGCUGGAAGUGA